UACUUAAUGAUUGUGUAUACACGUGCAUAAUCUUUACUAUGCUCCUUGCCUUGACGGAUCUCGCGGUAACCCACGCGACCGAACUCGCUAUGACAUUGCUUUCGAUUCACUGCGAUAUUCAUGAAUGUCUCUUUACUGUUUGCCUUCAGCUGCGCCUUUGAUUUUGAUUUACGCGUUGCUCCCUGCAAGGGGGCACUAACGAUUGAUGACCCUCACAAGACUGACAUGUGGAAUUGGUGUUCUCUUAGGCGUCUCUUCCUGCUUCUGAAGCUUUUGUUGUUUUCGAUAUUAUCAGGUUUACAGUACGGCCACCGCUGCCUUUCCAGAUUGCUUUUCGGACAUCGGUGAAGUUUCCAAAUGAAAUAUUAGCAAAACGCCCUGCAUGUCAGGGACGGCCUUGAACAA